UGAUCACAUUUCAUAGACAUAGUGGGUUCACUACUACGGUUGAGAUUCUAGCAAACCUGUCAGCUUGUGCGGAAAAAUGGGUUUUGUGUUAUAUAUAAACAUUGUCAAAGAUAGAUGUUUUUGGUGUAAGUGUGUUCAAAAAGUAUUCAGGAAGCUGCGCAAGGUUACAGUUAGAGAAAUAGUUCAUGACUGGAAGAGGUGUAUGCCUUCCCUCGGUAGUAGUAUCAGUUUGUAGGCUUAUGACAUGGUUCAUUUCUUGCAUAACUUUACAUUUAACGGGCACAGUUCGGAUGACCUUGCACAGACAGAGACCGAUAGCAGGUCAAAUAGUCCCCUACCUGUAUGUCGGCACAUGUUCCGGAUCUCAUUCCUCCGCACUUUGAUACAGAUCUCAAAGUGCAAGAAACAUUGCGCUGUAAAGGAAAUACCCGGGAAAUCUAUUUAUAUUCAUAUAUUUACGUAAUCGUAUGUGCUCCUGACGAGAGGAAAAUUAAUAGACCAGAACUAAAGUCAAAAACGAUAAACGGAAAUAUGCGAUGAACAAGAUCUGCACAUCGAAUGUAUGCGGAAUAAAGCUUGUUCUAUGGAUGAACCAAACUGUGAGAGAGAUCAAGAGGUCGUCCAUGAUAUGUCCUGCAGUGAAAGUGACAGACAGACUAAACGGAUUGUAUUGAUCGGAAGAAGCGGAUCUGGGAAAAGCUCCACAGGUAAUACCAUUCUAGGUAAGGACGUUUUCAAAUCUUGCUAUGGAGCUUCAUCCGUGACGGAGAAAUGUCAGGAAGCUAGAACUUUCCGGUUUGGACAGAAGAUCCUGUUAAUAGAUACUCCGGUAGUGUUCGAUACAGAUGUACCCAUCAGUCAAAGCCUUCGAGAAAUAUCCAAGUGCAUCAGUUUGUCCUUACCUGGACCUCACGUAUUUCUUCUUGUUCUUCAAGCAGGGAGGUUUACUCAAGACGAAUAUAACACUGUCAAACAGUUUGCUGAUGUUUUUGGAGAAGACGUGUUCAAGCAUACGAUCUUGGUCUUCACCGGAGGAGAUUUGCUGGAAGCACAAGACGCGUCCUUUGAGGAGUAUUUGAAGACGAUACCACCUUCGUUGGAGGAAAUCAUAGGAAAAUGCAAGGAACGUUGUGUUGUAAUCAAUAAUAGUCCUAAAAGUGAAUCCCGCAACAUCGAUGCCAGGAAUAUGAUGGAAAUGAUCAUUGAACUUGUAGAGAGCCAUCAGGGAAGCUACUACAGCAAUGAGAUUCUUAAGGCAGCUGAAAGGAAAUGUCAGGAAAGGGAAGCGGAAAUACGGCGUCAGAAAGACGAGGAAAAACAUAAAGAAGUAGAUGAAUUGAAAAAGGAGUUGCAGCACUGCAGAGAGGAGUUUGACAAUUUCAAACAUCAGCGGCACCAUUGCAGGAAUAUCGACCACUUAGCAGCAGAAACAGUAAAGAAGGAAACAAGAAGAUGUGAAAAAGAGCUACAGCAAUACAGGGUUGAAAAUAUCGAACAUCAGCGUCAACCAGCCAGCUUAUUUCCAAGGGAUAUUGACGAAGUCCUUCUCUCAAUUGGAUUUCGGGAAUAAAGGACAUUUUGAAUAAUUUGUUGACAGUUUGUAAACUGUUGCUUCUGCUAAGUUCCAUCCCUCCUCCUAUAAUCCAUGUUCUUAUUUGCUGUAUCUAUAACUUUAUUUUUUACGCUGGUCUUAAAUAUUUGACUUUGUGACUUUAUGAGUUAUCAUUGUGACUUCAAUGAUUAUUAUUUACACUGUCAGAAUUUACAUACUUGUGAAUGUGAAUAAACUACCGUGUAACAA